CGCGUGUUCGUGAUUUCUAGCCCCCGAGCAGCCGCUAAAGAGUGCCAAAGAGGAGGGUCUCCGGACGUCAUUUGUUGUCGCUGCUAUCGUGUCCAUCAAUGGCGAGGCGUCUGAUUCCGUCCCUUAACCGCGUUCUCGUCGAGAAGAUCGUCCCUCCCUCUAAGACCAGCGCCGGAAUCCUCCUCCCAGAGAAGACGAGCAAGCUGAACUCUGGAAAAGUUGUAGCAGUUGGUCCUGGGACUCGGGAUCGUGAUGGGAAAUUAAUCCCUGUCACUGUAAAGGAAGGAGAUACGGUUCUGCUGCCGGAAUAUGGUGGGAUGGAAGUUAAACUCGGUGAAAAAGAGUACCAUUUGAUCAGAGAAGAUGACAUACUCGGUACUCUUCAUGAUUGAAUAUUUAGCAGGUUUUUCUCAGUUCUCUCUCAGGUUGUCUCCAGUUAGCAUUGAUGAGGAUACGCUAUUAAGAGAAGAACUCUUGUAAUCCUUCCCGUUUGCUAUUAAGAUCAAACCCAAGUGGUGGAACAAUUAUUGUUUUGAUAAAUUUAGACAUGGUUCGCUACGUAUCUCUAUAAGUGAUCACUAUUCAUAAAUUCAAA